AUGAACGUAAUGACAAAAGAAGAUAGCUACGCAGAAAGGAGGCAACUUUUUAAAAAUAUUUGGGAAACGGCGAUGCAAAUAGACGAGAAGGACGCAGCAAACAUUAUGAACAAACCAAAAGUUAUCAAAACUUUAAGGUUAGACGAAGUGGACAGAUGUUUAAUAGGUAAAGGAAAGAAAGAAAAAAUACGGACCUUGAGGACAGUUUGCAAAAAAAUAUUAGACUUUUGCGACAGACAAGAUGAGGAUGAUCGGUUUUACGAACAGGUCACCGAAAAAAAGGAGUUACGCCAACAUAAACAAGAAUAUAAACACAAAAAAACAAAAUCCCAUAGAGGACGGAAAAAGGUCAAAAUGUCAAAAAGUUUAUUUGCGCCAUUAAAAUCUGUUGCUGGUCCAGCUAAACCAAUUACUUCAGAAAGAAAGAAUGGCAAUUCUAGACAAAUCUCGAAUACAACCGAGAAUCAUUUGCCAAUUAAGGCAAAGAGACCUAUAACUGUGCGAAGGACUUUGGUUCGACACAAUAUAUCGAAGGUUAAGUCUGCUAUUAUUGAAGGAAAUAAUGCUGGCACUAGUCGCCGUAAGAUUGGUAAGAAAAAACGUGGCAAACGAAAAAAGUCAUCUGUUGUCGGUGGCACCAUUGCACCACCGAAGCCAUCAGGUGCUUCAAAUAAUGUGCGUUACGUUUCUACCCCGUUGACAGGACAUGCGAUUGUAAGACGCAUAAAACAAGUCCUAACAAAUCAUAAAAUAGCUGUCACUUAG